AUGGGUAAGUUUGGGCGGGCCAGGAAGGAGCUCUCAAAAAAGGGCACAAAGAAGGCAAAAAUAAAAGGCAAAAAUAAAAGGAAAAACAAUAAAGGCGAAAAAAAAGGCACAAAAAAAAACCCAAAACGUAUGCCAAAGAAGGGGAUAAACAAACCAACGGAAGAGACAUUCACGAAGGAUGAGAGGAAGGACACCUCCGUGGGUAGAGACGUGGUCGGAGAUGCCACUUGUAGCAGCCCCCCUGGGGGGGAUCUGUUCGACGGGCUGUUCGCCGACCUGAAGGGGGUACUGAGCGAAAGUCUGUUGCAAACGCUGGAAAAAAACCGAUUCAUUAAAACGACGAGCAUACAGAAGAGGAGCAUCCCCAUCAUGUUAAGUGACAACGACGUCUUCCUCAAAUCCAUGACGGGUUCUGGAAAGACGUUAUGUUAUGCAUUACCGUCUGUGCAGAAAGUACUGAAUCUGCAAAAAGAAAAAAUAAGAGUCACGCGGGAUAUGGGGACAUUCAUUUUGGUGCUCUCCCCGACGAGGGAAUUGGCUGUCCAAAUAAAUAGCUUAUUUUUUACGCUAACGAAGCCUUAUCCAUACAUUGUAGUGUCUUGUUUAACAGGUGGAGAGAAGAAAAAGUCGGAAAAAAACCGAUUAAAAAAAGGCGUUUCCAUUUUGACAUGCACUCCAGGGAGGUUGUUGGACCACUUGGAACAUACAAAGGCGCUGAAGUUAGUGCAUUUGCAGUGCGUUAUAUUGGAUGAGGCGGAUAAGGUUAUUUUCCUGGGCACACAGGAUAAGGUUAGGUUAAUAUACGACACGAUUAAGAGGCUCCGGAGGGCAGAAGUGGCAAACACGGCAGGAAGCAGCACCAGGAGUGACAACCCCCCAGAGGGGAAGAACUUCCAAAUGGUAUUCAUUUCCGCUACGCUGAACCAUGCGGUGAAGAGUUUAGCUAAUUACUGUCUAACGAAUCGGACUGUGUGGGUGGAGGGGAAGGACGACGGGGCCAGAGGGGGUAAGUUGCUCCCCCCCCGACCACCGGAUAUAGCACUCAACAAUGGUAACGAAGAAGUGGGUACCACAAACAUAAAAGAUGUUACGUCCACCUUGGGAGAGGAGCAGUGGGAGUACGAGCUACCCGAACAGUUAAAGCAAUUUUGCAUCGUGGCAGAUUUUAGGAAAAAGUUUCUCUGCCUUGUGCACAUGUUAUUGUCUUGCAUGAAAAAGAAGCAGAAGCCAGUGGUGUUCCUUUCCAACUGUCACAGCGUAGAGUACAUGCGGGCGUUGCUUAAAAGUCUCUACUGGCCAACCGACUUGAAAAAGGAAAACAUGGAAGCGCAUAAGAAGUUAAACGAGGGGGUCUCCUCUGUGUUGUUAAAGGAGGACGAAAAGUUGCUACGAAAGCAUUUGGAGAAGACUCUCCAGAGGGAGGAAUUGGAAUCUGGACGUAAGUCGAAGAAGAGAAAGGAAAGAAUUACCCUACCAUUUAAGAACAUCAAUGUGGAUGACCUACAGGGGGGAGAUUCGUGUGACGAUGGGAACACCCCCGUUGGUGCAGACGGAUCUAUAUUGUAUAAUGUUAAUACAGACAGACACAAGAGGAAGUACCUCUUCGGAGACACACAGAUUUACAUUCUACAUGGGAACUUAUCGAAGGAAGACCGACUUGGAAACUUUUCCGAUUUCGCAUAUGGGAAAAAUAACAAGUCCAUUCUGAUAUGCACGCAGAUUGUAUCGAGAGGAGUGAAUUUCGAUGAGCUAGAUGUGGUAAUACAGUAUGACCCCCCGCAAGUGUUUGAAGAAUACGUUCACAAGGUGGGUAGAACGGCACGACUACAUAAGGAGGGGUCGUCCUACCUGUUCCUCCUACCGACAGAAGUGGAAUUCCUGAAUGUUUUACGAGAAAAGAAGAUCCAUGUGAAGACUAUCCAGGGAGAGGAGCUAAUUGGUAAAUUCCGCAGGGAAGACGUGCCUCCGUCUUUUUCAUCCAUUGGGGGAAAUAUACUUAGUUUUAUUUACAACCAUUUUAAGGUGACGGUUAAGUCGGAUGAGGCACUUAUGGAGAAAGCUACAAGUGCCUUCCUCGCAUCUGUCACAGCGUACUACUCAGUCAGUAAAUCUCUGCGUCAUAUUUUUUGCGCGAAGAACCUUCACCUCGGGCAUCUUGCCUACGCCUUCCUGUUAGAUGAGAGCCCCAAGGAAAUUGCAAAGUUGAAUAAGCAGCAGCGUUACCUGAAGGUCAAGCGGCAGACCACGCUCAGCAAGCGCGAGCGCCGCCUGCUCCGGGCGGGGUGA